AUGAAUGACCCUAUAAAAGACUAUGAUUCAAUCUAUCUUUGCAUGAAUACACUUCAAAAUAUUUUCUUGUUGGUUUCAGUGAAUAAUGACAACACAAAGGACGGAGAUGAAACAGAUGUCGAUUGUGGCGGGUCAUCCGGCAAGAAAUGUGCUGUUGGCAAAGCAUGUAAAGUUAACACAGACUGCGAUAAUGUAUUGUGUACUGGUGGUGGUGUCUGUCAAAGCCCUUCGUGUUCCGAUGGUCUGAAGAAUGGUGGAGAAACAGACGUAGACUGUGGUGGUAGUGGAUCAUGUCCUCGAUGCGAUAACUGGAAAACAUGUUCCUCUGCUACCGAUUGUGUUAGUCAAGUAUGUAGUGGUAACCAAUGUCAGGCUCCAAUGAAUCAUGACAACGUGAUGAACGGAGAUGAAACAGAUGUCGAUUGUGGUGGAAAAAACGCCAAACCAUGUACUCUUGGCAAAAAAUGUAAAGUUACUGCAGACUGUGACAAUGUAUUGUGUACUGGUGGUUUCUGUUCAAUAUUGGGUAUGAAUUUGGUGGUCAACGGCGAUGCUGAGACUGGUGAUUGCUCAAAAACUUAUCCAUAUGACAAGCAUCCAACUGGUUGGAAAUAUACCGGAUCACCUAUACAAGUAGCAUAUACAGCUGGAUGGGAUCUUAGUGCUACCACUCCAGGACCUAGCGAUCGAGGUCAGUGUUACUUUGCUGGUCUAGCAGGUUCUAACAAUAUGUCGCAAACAAUUAAUAUUAAUGGUGCAACCACACUUUCACUCAUCGACUCUGGAAAAGUGUCGGCCAAUUUAUCAGCGUGGCUCGGUGGCUAUGCGCACCAAGAUGAUAAUGCUAAAGUUACAUUAAAUUUCAACAACCAAGGUGGAACGAAAAUAGGUAACGCCAUAACCAUAGGUCCUGUGCUCAGUGGCGACCGUAAGAAUAUUACAGAGUUACUCUUCGAACAAAGUACUGGAAUGGUACCUACUGGAACACGUUCGAUGGAUGUGCUGGUCGAAUUUACUCUUCUCAGUGGUACUGACAGCGAUGGCUUAGUCGAUAACAUAGCCGUUGUAUUAAGUGCUAGCAACUAG